AUGAGCCACCCUACCGUUGACGAUGGCUCUUUGGCCGAAGUCAUAAACUCCUUGAAAUCCAUCCAGCAGACUCAGUCUGACCUUGUGGCUGCUGUCGACUUGCUGAACCAACGAUACCAACAGCUGCCUGUUGAUUCUGAUGCAGCCACACUCGAUCCGAAUCCAUCCCUCAGCGAGAUCCCUGAAAGAUCUCGAACCCCCGAGCCUUCCGAUGCCGUUGGUGAAUCUGCCAAGAGCUCUUCGUCCGAUUUGACCUUGCAGGCCCCAGCUUUGCCCUCGUCACCCAGCCAGCGAUCCGGCCUCACUUCCCGCAUCAUCCUAACGACUUAUCCAAAGCAGAUCGGCAUCAACCCUCUCCCCAUGAAUUGGGGCGAAUCGGACCCCCAUCGUCGUGGGCCAGUUGUUGUUUCUCGUUCAUCUACCACUAUUGGAAGACGUAACGGUCCCGGUGGUUCUUACUCCAUCUACUAUGCCCUGGCUGUUGCCAGCAAGCAACUUAAUCUCGAGCAUAGACCCGACUUCACCAACACGGAGCCGGCUGCUAAGAUUGGCCCCUUCCCUCAAUGGGGAGAUCCCAAGAAGAUCGUCGCCAUGGAUCCCUGGGGCCAUCUGUCUCCCUGGCUCUUCAAGGACACUAUCGAGAAGCACAACGUCGACAUUCGCCCAACCAUCGCCAUCACUAAGGCACAUAUGAAGCUUCCCGAGCUGGAGGAGAGUGUCAAGAGUGGAAGACUUGUUCCUGACGGCAAAGUCUGCUUGAACGAGCUUGGAGAGCUGGCCGUAACCAAGUUCGCCGUCGAGCCGGUUUGGUAUCUCCCCGGCGUAGCUGAAAGAUUCGGCAUCGAUGAGGGGGCCUUGCGAAGGUCUCUUUUCGAACACACUGGUGGCAGCUACCCCGAGUUGAUUACCCGCAACGAUAUUAAAGUGUUUCUGCCCCCCAUAGGUGGUCUGACAGUAUACUGUUUCGGCGACCCGGCCAAAAUGUCCGACGAGUCAGUACGACUGGCAUUGCGAAUCCACGAUGAGUGCAAUGGUAGCGACGUUUUUGGAUCCGAUAUCUGCACAUGUCGCCCUUAUCUCAUAUUCGGCAUCGAAGAGGCAGUCAAGGAGGCGCAGAAUGGCGGGAGUGGUGUCGUUAUUUACUUCCGAAAAGAGGGCAGAGCCCUCGUCGUGUACAACGCUCGUAAGCGCGGAGAAGACCGAGCAUCGGACUACUUUAAGAGGACAGAGAACAUUGCUGGAGUGAAGGAUAUGCGAUUCCAGGCUCUCAUGCCCGAUAUCCUGCACUGGCUCGGAAUCCGCAAGAUCGACAGAAUGCUGAGCAUGAGCAAGUCAGUAGCUCCUCCCCAUCCGAGAUACCAUGACGCUAACGUGAACCACAACAGCAUGAAACAUGAUGCCAUUGUAGGACAAGGAAUUCCCAUUCACGAGCGUGUCGAGCUCCCCGAGGAGUGGAUUCCCGCAGAUUCUCGCGUCGAGAUUGAUGCAAAGAUUACUGCAGGAUACUUCACCGCCGGAAAGCGCAUGACCGAAGAAGAGUUAAGAGCUGUGCAGGGCAGGAUGUGGGAAGACUCCUGCAGAGAUGGCAUUCGCUAG